GGUGACAGACUGUUGUAUUCAAAGUACGCGCGUGGCUUCGAAAAAUAAACGGUCUCUUUGUGUCGCCGUUGCUCCUGAAGGGAAGUAUUGAUGCGAUGGCGGAGGCUCAUCAGGCGGUAGCGUUCCAGUUCACCAUCACACCAGAAGGCAUCGACCUGCAGCUGUCCUACCAGGCCCUGAACCAGAUCUACCUGUCGGGGGUCCGGUCCUGGAAGAAGCGAGUCAGCCGCAUGAAGAACAGAGUGAUAAAGGGAGUGUAUCCUGCGAGCCCGUCGUCGUGGCUCUUUGUUGCCAUAGGGAUCCUGGCUACCAUGUAUAUGCAGUCUGAUCCCAGCAUGGGGCUCAUCGCAAAGAUACAGCAGCAUCUUCCUCUGAGUCUGCAUGUUUCUCUGAGCAGUCAGGGUCAAACCAUGGUGUCAGCUCUGGUCUUCAGCACCCUGCUGUGGCUCUCCCUCAUCCUCGCCCUGCGCUUCUGCCUCAAGCUGCUGCUCUCCUACCACCACUGGAUGUUCGAGCAGCAUGGGAGAGUCUCCAACACCACCAAAGUCUGGGUGACUCUGAUGAGGUUAUUUUCAAGAAAGAAGCCUUUGCUGUACAGCUAUCAGACCUCUCUUCCUCACCUCCCCGUUCCUGCCAUACAAGACACUCUGAGCAGGUAUUUAGAGUCAGUGCGCCCUCUGCUGACCGACUCAGAGUUCCAGCAAAUGACUACGUUGGCCAAUGAGUUUGAGUCGACCCUUGGACACCGGCUGCAGCGCUACCUAAAACUCAAAGCUCUGUGGGCCACCAACUAUGUGAGUGACUGGUGGGAGGAAUACGUCUACUUGAGGAGCCGAGGGCCAAUAAUGGUCAACAGCAAUUACUAUGGCAUGGACUUCCUGUAUGUGACGCCAACAUCAGUUCAGGCGGCGCGAGCCGGAAACACCAUCACUGCUCUCAUGCUCUACCGACGCAAAGUAAACAGAGAGGAGCUCACACCGAGUCGUGUUCCAGGCACCGUGAUCCCUCUGUGUGCAGCUCAGUGUGAGCGGAUGUUCAACACCACUCGAACACCAGGAGUCGAGACUGAUGUGCUCCAACAUUGGCAGGACAGCGAGUUUGUGGCGGUGUACCACGGGGGGCGUUAUUUCCGGCUGUGGGUGUACCGGGCGGGCCGGCUGCUGUCUCCCAGAGAGAUCGAAUAUCAGAUACAGAGAAUCCUGGACGACUCUUCACCACCGUUUCCUGGAGAGGAGAAACUGGGAGCUCUGACAGCUGGAGAGAGGAUCCCCUGGGCUCAGAUGCGGCAGCAGUUCUUCAGAUCGGGCCUCAAUAAGAAGUCUCUGGACGCCAUCGAGAAGGCGGCGUUCUUCAUCACGCUGGACGAUGAAGAGCAGGGCAUGAAGGGAGACGACCCUGCGGGGAAUCUGGAUCGCUACGCCAAGUCUUUGCUCCAUGGCAAAUGUUACGACAGGUGGUUCGAUAAAUCCUUCUCCAUUGUGAUCUACAAAAACGGGAAAAGCGGCCUGAACGCAGAGCACUCCUGGGCCGAUGCGCCGACAGUGGCCCAUCUGUGGGAGUACACUCUGGCUACAGACGCCUUCCAGCUGGGCUACACUGAAGAAGGACACUGUAAAGGAGAGGUGGAUCUGUCGCUGCCGCCGCCUCAGAGGCUGGUGUGGGAAAUCUCUCCAGAGGUCCAGGCUCAGGUCUGCAGCUCCCUGGCGGUGGCCCAGGCUUUGGCUGACGAUGUGGACUGCCACGUCUUCCCCUUCAGGGAUUUUGGAAAAGGUCGCAUCAAGAAGUGCCGGAUCAGCCCCGAUGCGUUCAUCCAGAUCAGCCUGCAGCUGGCCUACUACAGGGACCGUGGUGGUUUCUGCCUGACAUACGAGGCGUCCAUGACCCGUCUGUUCAGAGAGGGCCGCACGGAAACUGUGAGGUCCUGCUCCAAAGACAGCUGUGCCUUUGUCCGAGCUCUGGAGAGUGGACAAACGGAGGAGGAGUGCAGACGUCUUUUCAGACUGGCUUCAGAGAAACACCAGAACCUUUAUCGGAUGGCAAUGACCGGAGCUGGGAUAGACAGACACCUCUUCUGCCUCUAUGUCGUCUCCAAAUACUUAGGUGUAGAUUCGCCUUUUUUGCACAAGGUUCUGUCAGAACCUUGGCGCCUCUCCACCAGUCAGACCCCAGUCCAACAGCUGGAGCUGUUUGAUCUGAAGAACAACCCAGAUUACAUUUCACUUGGAGGAGGAUUUGGACCUGUUGCAGAUGAUGGUUAUGGAGUUUCAUACAUCAUUGUUGGAGAGGACCUCAUAAACUUCCACGUGUCGUCAAAGCACUCCUGCAGUCAGACUGACUCCCACAGGUUUGGAGCUCAGAUCCAAAAAGCCCUUCUGGACAUAAUGGUUCUGCUAUCAGCUGAUGCUAAAAGCUCCUCCUCCUCCAAAGGCUCCAACCAACCGCAGUCCAAGAAGCUCCUCUAAAGCAUGUUAGCCUUGUUACCUGACAGUCCAAAAGCUGUGAUGCAACAGGAUCAAGGUAAUAUCAGGCAUCACAUCCUGAUGAUAAACAAUACCACAGAGAUGAGGUGUUGUUAUUGACAAAACAUUAGAUUUCAGCUAAUAAAAAGGUUAUUUUUCUCCUGUAUAACUCGACAAACGACAGCCAAAAGGCUGGGUUUUUUUGUUGGUUUUUUUAAUGCAUGUUUUUAGACAACUACUAGGUAACAGCAGAAAGGCCUCUCCUUUCUUUAACAUUAGAAACAUAUCAAGCUAAUGCUAGCUCGUAUGUUAGCUACGCUAACUGCUCAGGAUUCUUGUUUUUCUGCCUUUAACUCCUAAACCUGGUGAAGUUACGAUAUGACGACUUUUUAAGUAAGCCUGAAAGUUUCUCACGUCUAAGCAAGAGUCAGAUGGACAAAGAGGAAUUUCACCAGGGAGAAAUCAGAGUAAGAAUGCGGUACUGGUACGUCUUCACAAGAGCUAAUCAGGGAACAAUAGACUCACCUGCUGCCUUGCUGGGUGUUCCUUGGUUGUGGCGGCUUAGACCUUUUAUAGCAAAUGGUUACCUUAGCUACUGUUGGUUUUAUUUCAUCUUGACCCAAUGUGUCUAUCUGCUAAUUGAGUAUUUUCUCAUUUUGAAACCGCCAUGCUCCAUUUAAAGUUACUGAAAUCUCUUUUCUUCCUCCUUCUUGCACUCUAAUAGUGUUUCAACAAGUCAUCCUAUCCACUUCUAGAAGCAUAAAUAUAUUCCUUGUGAUUGGCUUAUUUACUGUUUGUGUAGGGAUGCAACUAAUAAUAAUUUAGUUAUAGAUUAAUCCUUCAGUUAUUCUGAUGAUCAAUUGAUCAGUCGCCUAAAAGAAAACAUGCACAUUCUGCAUUUUUCAUUUAAGUCUUUUUUAUGCAAUAUUAGAAAUACAUUAAAAGGUGCAAAUAAACAAAUAAUUAAAAAUAUUUUUGUAAUUAAGAAAAUAAACUUUUUAUGACCUAAAAUACAGUAACAGCAUACCUCCAGUGAAUGCUUGAUCAUGUGUGGUAAAGGAAGCAUCUGCAGCUAAAUUAUCCUUCUAACAACAUGUGAAAAUCUCAGCCAUGCUUGCUUGACGUAACAUCAACGCAGUGUUGGACUGAUUUGUUGACUUUUUUUUUGUUCGAUGAAUAAUUGGAUAUCAAAAGGGGCUUAGUUGGAGAUUUAUUUUUUCAGAAUUUGAAUCAGGUGAAGCUAAUACUGCCCCUUGAGGAAUUCUGUAUGGAACAGAUUUACAGACAAAGUUGUUUUUGUUUUGUUUUUUUACCUUAAAUGCAAAGUGUAUACAUAUUUUUGU